AUGCUGGAAGCUGGGUGUGGUGGUGAAACAGCCAUCACUGACACUGGCACCCUGCACACUAUUCGAAACAACACUGGAAGCUGGAACCAACGCUGGAAGCUGGGUGUGGUGGAGAAGCAGCCGUCACUGACACUGGCACCCUGCACACUAUUCGAAACAACGCUGGAAGCUGAGUGUGGUGGUGAAACAGCUGUCACUGACACUGGCAUCCUGCACACUAUUAGAAACAACGCUGGAACUGCGUGUGGUGGUGAAGCAGCCGUCACUGACACUGGCACCCUGUACACUAUUAGAAGCAACGCUGGAAGCUGGGGAUACAUAUCUUUCUGGAUUGACUGUAUAUCAUCUGGCUUACGAGGAGGCAUCUUAAUAGAGCUGGCCAUGAGGGGUCGAGUCCAUCUGGAACCCCCCACCAUGCGUAAGAAGAGAUUACUGGACAGAAAGGUACUGCUAAAGUCAGACAGCCCAACAGGUGAUGUCUUACUGGAUGAAACUCUCAAGCACAUCAAAGCAACUGAACCAAUACAAACUGUCCAAACCUGGAUAGAGCUGCUCACUGGUGAGACAUGGAACCCCUUCAAAUUACAGUAUCAGCUGAGAAAUGUACGAGAACGAAUUGCAAAGAAUCUAGUGGAGAAAGGUAUUCUAACGACCGAGAGGCAGAAUUUCCUGCUAUUUGAUAUGACCACUCAUCCAGUGACAAAUACAACAGAAAAACGACGACUUGUGAAAAAACUUCAAGAUAGUGUGCUAGAGCAGUGGGUAAAUGAUCCUCAGCGCAUGGACAAGCGAACUCUAGCACUCCUGGUCCUAGCCCACUCGUCCGAUGAGCUAGAGAAUGUCGUCUUCUCGCUGACAGAUGACAAGUAUGAUGUGGCAAUGAAUCGAACCAAGGACCUAGUAGAAUUGGACCCUGAAGUGGAGGGCGCAAAACACAAUGCCAAAGAGAUGAUCUGGGCUGUCCUAGCAGCCUUCAAUAAAUCCUAAAGCUAGCAGGUGGGUUUCCCCUUUUGUCCUGCUGCCUAAUGACUGGUGGCUGUCAGAGACCCCAUCAUUGAGUUUUGUGCGAUAAGACAUUUUCAUCUGUUUU